AUGGAUCAAUCUUUGGUACGUCAGCUUCAGGGACUACCUUGGUUCUGACUUCGUGGUGCCUCAGGAAAGGAAGUUCGAUGGUGUUUGGCAAUUUUACACACCUCAUAUUGGAUUUCACUAUGAUUCAAGGUUAGGCAUAAGGUUGGAAACAAUCGCUGAAGUCAAGUUUGGCACGUGGAGGACAGAUUCCGAAAUAAUAGAAUCUGAUAGAUGGAUAUUCCUUUUUCCUGCCAUCGGUGCUAAGGAGCUAGCUUCCACGCGCUGUCGGAAGCUUGCUGACAUAGUGAGCAGAGGUGGCGCGUGUGGACCACACGCGCUGCCGUUCGUCGUCGCCGUCUUGGGUUUCGCCGUUCAGAGCCUCUUGAGUACGUCUAGGGUGGCGGGAACAGUUGUGGUUGCUGGUAGGGCAAGAGCAAUUGUGGUGGGAGUUGGUCAUAACACUGCCAUGGGCAGCAUACGUGAUUCAAUGUUGCAAACAGAAGAUGAGGUGACACCAUUGAAGAAGAAGCUGGAUGAGUUUGGUACCUUUUUGGCCAAGGUUAUUGCAGGGAUUUGCAUAUUGGUGUGGGUUGUAAAUAUCGGACACUUUCGUGACCCUUCUCAUGGGGGUUUCUUGCAGGGUGCUAUUCAUUAUUUUAAGAUUGCUGUUGCUCUGGCAGUUGCGGCAAUUCCAGAAGGGCUCCCUGCUGUUGUUACAACCUGUCUAGCUCUUGGAACAAAGCGGAUGGCUAGGUUAAAUGCUAUUGUGCGGUCUUUACCUUCUGUGGAGACAUUGGGCUGCACUACUGUAAUUUGCAGCGACAAAACUGGAACUUUGACAACCAAUAUGAUGUCUGUGACAAAGAUAUGUGUGGUUCGCUCCGCAAAACAUAGUCCUGUUGUUACUGAAUACAAUGUUAGCGGAACAACAUAUGCACCUGAAGGCAUGAUCUUUGACAGUUCGGGAACACAGCUUGAUGUUCCAGCUCGAUUGCCAUGUCUUCUUCACACAGCAAUGUGUUCUGCACUUUGCAAUGAGUCCACCCUGCAGUAUAACCAUGACAAAGGAAAGUAUGAAAAAAUUGGAGAGUCAACAGAAGUGGCACUUCGUGUCCUGGCGGAGAAAGUUGGUCUCCCUGGUUUUGAUUCUAUGCCAUCAGCCUUGAACAUGUUGAGCAAGCAUGAGCGGGCAUCUUACUGUAAUCAUUAUUGGGAGGAACAAUUUAGAAAGAUAGAUCUGUUGGAUUUUUCUCGGGAUCGGAAAAUGAUGAGUGUCCUUUGCAACCGAAAUCAGCUUCAUGUGUUGUUCUCCAAGGGUGCUCCAGAGAGUAUCAUGUCUAGAUGUACAACCGUCAUGUGCAAUGACGAUGGCUCCCUUGUGCCACUUACUGCUGAUAUUCGAGCUGAGCUAGACUCAAAGUUCCACAGUUUUGCAGGAAAAGAAACAUUGAGAUGCCUAGCUUUAGCCCUGAAAUGGAUGCCUUUGAGUCAACAACGCCUUUCCUAUAAUGAUGAGAAAGAUCUUACAUUUAUUGGGUUGGUUGGAAUGCUUGAUCCACCAAGAGAUGAAGUAAGAAAUGCGAUGCUUUCAUGCAUGACCGCUGGCAUACGUGUUAUAGUUGUUACAGGGGAUAACAAGUCAACUGCUGAGUCACUUUGCCGCAAGAUAGGGGCUUUUGACCACUUCUUGGAAUUUAAUGAACAUUCUUAUACUGCUUCUGAGUUUGAAGAACUUCCAGCUCCGCAGCAAACUCUUGCUUUGCAACGUAUGGCUCUUUUUGCCAGGGUUGAGCCAUCUCAUAAAAGGAUGCUGGUUGAAGCAUUGCAGCACCAGAAUGAAGUGGUUGCUAUGACUGGAGACGGUGUCAAUGAUGCACCUGCACUGAAGAAGGCAGACAUAGGAAUUGCUAUGGGUUCAGGUACAGCUGUUGCCAAGAGUGCUUCAGACAUGGUACUGGCUGAUGAUAACUUUGCUACAAUUGUUGCGGCUGUGGCAGAGGGAAGGGCCAUAUACAACAAUACAAAGCAAUUCAUUAGAUACAUGAUCUCUUCUAAUAUUGGUGAAGUAUUCUGUAUAUUUGUGGCAGCUGUGCUUGGAAUUCCCGAUACCCUUGCCCCGGUCCAGCUGCUUUGGGUGAAUUUGGUUACUGAUGGAUUGCCUGCUACUGCUAUCGGCUUUAAUAAGCCAGAUUCUGAUGUAAUGAAGGCCAAACCUCGUAAGGUGAAUGAAGCAGUGGUUACAGGGUGGCUGUUCUUCCGUUAUCUAGUAAUUGGAGCUUAUGUUGGUCUUGCUACUAUUGCUGGUUUUAUUUGGUGGUUUGUUUCCUCUGACAGCGGCCCAAAACUGCCAUAUACUGAACUGAUGAAUUUUGACACUUGCCCAACAAGGCAGACAACUUUCCCAUGCAGUAUAUUUGAUGAUCGACACCCAUCUACUGUAGCAAUGACUGUGCUUGUCGUUGUUGAGAUGUUCAAUGCUUUGAACAAUCUUAGCGAAAAUCAAUCUCUUCUGGUUAUCCCUCCAUGGAGUAACUUAUGGCUUGUUGGUUCAAUAAUUCUUACCCUGCUUCUUCACAUGCUUAUUUUGUAUGUGCAUCCUCUCUCUGUUCUUUUCUCUGUAACACCAUUAUCCUGGGAUGACUGGUUGAUUGUCCUGUAUCUUUCAUUACCUGUUAUAUUCAUUGAUGAGGUGCUAAAGUUAUUCUCCAGGCGUCCUAUUGGCCUGAGGUUCAGAUUAUGGUUCAGGAGGCCUGAUUUACUUCCAAAAAGAGAAUUGCGUGAUAAGUAAAAUUCGGAGUAUUACAUGUGUAAAUACUGCAUUUGCUUAUUCACUUGGCUAUACUGGAAGGGUAUUUAAAUCACCCACCUCUACUUAUGUGCAUGGCAGUCCAUGAGUUCCGAAAGUUACCAGCUUAGAGACAGUAUAACUUUGGUUUUGGUUUUGUUGUAUCGUCUAUAACUUUUGUCAUGAAAAUGCCAUGUGGUGUACAGGGCAAAAGUAGUGACUGGAGGUUGUUGUAUUUAUUUAUUCUCUCUUUUGGAGCCCGCAUUGAACCAGUUUUGAGGACUUUUAAGUUGGAAAGGUACGUCGUAUCAUUUGUAUAUCUUAAAAGAAGUUAUCUUUGAAUCUUCUCAAUGAAA